AUGAGUGUUAACACGCAAAGGCUUUCGGCAAUGAUUGACUCACUGAACGAUGGUAAUGACAAUGACGAAUUACUGUACAUGCCACGUUCAGCUAACAAUUCGCCCCCCAAAAAGCAAGAAUAUACCCCUAGCCCUAUAAAACAACAUGAGUAUCUCAUGCGACCCCCCGUGAUGACCGGAGAUGGCGCGACCAUUAGCACACAUUCGCAUUCGCUGCAUAGUUACAAUAGUCCUGGGAACAGAGAGAGUAUGAUCUCAGAUUAUUCCGCUAGCAUCCACGAAGGAGUUCCCGUUUCCUAUGUCGUAUCCAGCGCGGACAACUCUCAACAAACUACACAGAUCCGGUCAACGCUCAAUUUCAUCAGCUCACAGGAGACUGUGGGAUUAGGAAUAUCCCCCGUUGAGGAGAGUGAACUGAGCGAUGAUAGUGAAAAAGCUCCUGCUAGUAAUAGUGACAACCAAAAAUUUGGAAAUACUUCGGCUACUGACUUAGAUCCAAAUUCGUCGUUAAGAUUAGCAAUUUCAGGUCAUAAUACACACCAAAAAGCGCUAUCUUCAAUUGGCUCUGGUAAUUUAGCAAGUGAAAGCGGUCAUUCUCGUAACUAUUCGAACAUGAGUGGAUCAGGUUCUGGUAGUGCCAGCUAUGUAAUGCAAGACAAUGCACAGCAAAGAUAUAUGAGUGAUAGAAUCCGUGUCACCAAAAUCAAAGAGGAAGUCCGAAGUGAUGAGGAAGUUGACAUAGAAUCCAGUCGUUUACACUCAGAGGAGCAACAACCAGCGGAAAUUUGUCGAAGAAGCACAAAUGCUUCAGCUAGUCAAAAAAGUACAAAUGAUACUGUUAGUCGAACAACUACAAAUGUUUCUCCAGCACGCUCCCAAAGUAAAGUAUCUGUACAAAGAUCAGAUAGAACUGCAGAAGACAAUCAAUCUAUCGUCUCCAGCAUUAUUCCUCCAAUCACUACAAAAGUACCCGAUGAGAGUUCCAGAGUAAAGUACGCGGAUCGCGCCAUUACAACUGAUUACACACCAUCUAUCCCACCUAGAAGCAAAAAUAGGCCAAAAUCACAUAUUUUUAUUAAGGACAGCCUCGAAGAAAUUCAGAAUCAAUUACAGCAACAAAUGAUGGAUGAAUCUGCCAGUGUUUCAAGGGCAAGCACCACCAAGUCAAGUAGUUAUUAUUCAGCGGCUGACCAGGCAAACGAAGAAUUCGGACAACCAGAUGACGAUAGCUAUUUCCAUAGACCUCUGCCCAAUAUACCACAAGAAGUAGAGAAGGAGAAGACAAACAACGUAGACAGAAGUGGCACUCUCUUGGUAAAGCCUGUGUCUGAAAAAAGUCUUCAGACCCCUCCACGAAUGCCAAAUCCACCAAAGAUGCCUGAAAGUGUUAACACUGAAUCUCGCAGUCGUGAUAGAGGAUUAUCAGAAAUCAAUGUUCCAGCCGAACGUGAAUCCAAGACUUUAAACUCAACACCCAAGACUCCUACCAGUAAAACUUCAUCUCCAUCAAAAGCGAAGCCAGAGAAGCAUUUUAACACUAAAAAGGGUAAAGGAAAGAAAAACCAUCUCAAAAAAGAAAUGAGGUCAUUUGACAUUGACACAAUCUCUCAGUUGCUCAGUGUCACCAAGGGAACCUUAAUUGGUUCUGAAUUUGCUAAUCUUGGAAUUAGAACUGAAGAGAAAAGAGCUCUCGAAAGAUUGGUGGACUCACUUUCAAGACUGACUGCGGAUAUGGUAUUGGAUCCAGAAAGAUAUGAGGAGGGUUUGAAGAGAUUGGAGAAGGCUACAAGAGCUCUGGAGGGAUUUUAA